AUGUGGGGUCAAGAAAGUCGCGACGGCGUUCAAGUGCUGAGCGGAGAAGGCUUUGUUGUCUCAGGUCAGACUGAAAUGAAGUCGAUGGACACAAGAGACGCCGACGUGUCGACCUGGGAAGCUCGACGAGGUCUGGAUCGCGAGGUUGUUUUGCUUGCCGCUCGCAAGAAAGAAUACGAUGCAGCUUGUUUGCAGGAUUUGCGGAUCCUCGACACACUGCGGCCGCACUGUGCGGAUUCGUUUUUGUACAGCAUAGUCGGCUCCCGCAAUGACAACAAAUUUCCGUUCGUCAACGAUCUGCCGUGA